AUGUACGAAGAACUAGCUCAUAAUGUUUCCGCCGUAGAUAGAGGUUCUAUAUCGUGGGACGAUCCACUUAUAUCACACGCGGUCAUAUUUCCGCCUGUAUUUGAUGCUUGUUCUGAAGACACUAUCAAACAGAAAACGGCUCGCCUUACUUGGGAUUUCAAAAUAAAUUGGAACACAGUACUGAAAAACGAAGAAAAGUCACCGCCGCCUGGUGUUGAGAAAAGCUUUUGGUUUGAAGCAGGGUCAGCCAUGAUACUGGUCCAUUGGAUCAAUGAACCGGUCUAUUUCCAACCCUGGGUUGAACCUGAUGCAACGUUAGAAAUGUCAUCCGAUGGUAUUGACUAG